AUGGACGCGAAAGAGCCACAUUUAGACUCUCCGGAGGUCAUCGACCUCAGUUCAUCAACUGAUGACGAAGAUGACGACGCAGAAUUGAAGAGAGCAAUCGCUCUUUCACUUGAGGAGCAGACAACAGCCGGAAAAGCGAAACCAAGGCCUUCCAUGCCGCUCAACAGGGAUCAAAACCCUAAGAGCCCCUGUAUGGCGACCUUCGGUUCGCUUCUUUUAGAUCGUAAAACCAUGGAAUUUGAACUCUGCCCCCAGAAGACGAGCACUACCAUAAGAGAGGCCAACACGAUAUCCUCGAGAUCGAUUCUGCCCUUCCCAACUGGGACAGUGAAGCGGACCUGGACUCAUGGCCAGGAACGCCGUGGUGACGAUAUCAAGAUUGAAGAGGUUUUCCAAAGGUCAGAGCUGAAACUAGCCGUUCUUGCCUCUUUUCAAUGGGAUGAUGACUGGCUACUAUCCAAAAUCAACCUCUCCCAGACGAGAUUAAUCUGUGUCGCAUUUGCCCGCGAUGAAGCACACAUUGUCUUUAUCAUUGACCUACCACGGCUUGAAACGGACGGUUCAUUUGAGCCGACCCUCUUCAGUCAAGAGCUUUUCAGGUUUCUAGGCGCGCUGGGCCUAGACGAGAAUCUAGUCCGAAGUCUAGAGAACUACGACUUUACGGCCACCAAGCGAUAUGGGUUCGUCCAUACAAUGUAUGAACAUGCCAUCCUUCAAGGCACUUAA